AUGCGGAUUGCUGCAAGGGUCAGUGUUUUAAUUUUCUGUCUCACAGUUUACUCUCUAGUGUAUUUAUCAUUUGUUAGACAUCAGGAGGGGUCUAAUGAUAAGAUAAAAAGACCAGAAGAUCUCGAAUUCCUUACAAGACUGAAGAGAAUAGAAGAUCAAGUUUAUAAAAUAGGCAAAUCCAUAGAGGUAAAAAAUGAACAAGUGAAAGAAUCUCAUGUGGAGCAGAAAAAAACGAUGAAAGUUAAGAAGUUGUAUCCACAUUCGUUUCUCUUCAGUUCAUGGGGAAAUGAACUUUCAGAGGAAGAACAGACACGAGCAGAAAAGCUCUUUCAGGAAUAUGGAUACAAUGUGUUCUUGAGUAACAGAUUACCUGUCAACCGAACAAUCCCUGACACUCGAGAUCACAGGUGUGCUGAGAAGAUCUACCCUAAAGACUUACCUACCAUCAGUGUGGUUUUGAUUUAUUUAAAUGAGGCUCUGUCAAUCAUACAGAGGGCUGUCUGCAGCAUUAUUGACAGAACGCCGCCUCAUUUACUAAAGGACAUCAUCUUGGUUGAUGACUACAGCUCCAAAGUUGAUCUGCAGUUGGCUCUGGAUGAAUAUAUUGAUCAAAUUAAUAAAGAUAAGCCUGGUUUACUUAAGAAGGUGAGACACACAAGGCCGAUGGGUCUUGCGAAGGCGAGAAUCUCAGGCUGGGAGGCGGCAACAGGCCAAGUGGUAGCCAUUUUGGAUGCCCACAUUGAGGUUCAUAAGCAAUGGGCAGAGCCGCUCCUUGCAAGAAUCAAAGCAGACAGGACAACAGUGUUGUCCCCAGUGUUCGAUAAGGUAAAAUUUGACACCCUGGAUGUUGUUCACUAUCACCCAUCAGCUCAUGCAUUUGACUGGGCCCUUUGGUGCAUGUAUGAGUCCUUCCGGCCAGAAUGGUUUAAUCUUAAUGACCCAUCAGAACCUGGAAAGAGUCCUUCUGUAAUGGGUAUCCUUGUCGCCGAUCGUCAGUUUUUAGGAGAAAUUGGUGUUUUGGAUGAAGGAAUGGAGAUUUAUGGGGGAGAGAAUGUUGAACUAGGAAUACGUGUCUGGCUUUGUGGUGGAAGUAUCGAAGUGGUGCCGUGUUCCAAGAUAGCGCACAUAGAAAGAGCACAUAAGCCUUAUUCACCAGAUCUCAGCAAGCCCAUGAUUCGAAAUGCCCUGAGGGUGGCUGAAAUAUGGAUGGAUGAAUAUAAAUCAAAUGUGAAUAUUGCCUGGAAUCUCCCUUUCAAGGAUCAUGGGAUUGACAUUGGAGAUGUGACAGAGAGAAAAAAGUUACGAGAGAAACUCAAAUGUAAACCCUUUAAAUGGUACCUGGAAAACGUUUAUCCACUGCUUGACACCUGGGAGAACAUAUUGGGUUAUGGUGUGUUAAAGAACGACAUAAAAGAAGACCUCUGCAUUGAUCAAGGACCUGUACCCGGAAGUGUACCAAUUCUUUAUAACUGUCAUUAUUAUAAUCCUCAGCAUUGUUACUACAGCCAUAAUGGGGAAAUUUAUGUUGGAGGCAUCAAAUCUCACAUUUACAAUUCUAACCGGUGUCUAUUGGAUUCUGGCUCUGGAAAUACACCAACAUUAAUUGACUGUAAACAUGCCAAAGAGAAAGGACUUCAUAUACAGUGGAGCUUUACCCAGGGCCAAGAAAUAAGAAAUAAAAAUACAAACCGAUGUCUUGAGAUUGCACAAGGACAGGAUUCACGCUACCAUCUUGUUAUCCAAAACUGCACAGGUCAAAAAUGGAAAAUACAACAUGUUGUCAAAGAAUUUUAAUGAAAGGAAUUUAAAAACAUACAGUUUUAGAAAAAAUGGUCAAAAGAUCCCAAGCUGUCACUCCUUAAAAAGGUCCUAAUACGAACAAUUUAGAUACAGACAUACUAUACAUCUGGUGCCAAUAUU